CAUGAUGGCGACGACUGUAUGAGAACUGAGAAAGUGGAGCAACAGAUGACUUACCUUUCAACAUACAAAACGCUACCAAGUCAACACUCGCCAAUAACGCUCAUGCAGUACGUACAAAAGCAUCGCAAGACAAUAAGGAACGAGCUCACUUACCGAUUCGACUCUUCCUCCGCUCCUUCGUCUCCUUGUGACACUGCGGACACAGCCCGUGCAUCAGGUACUCCGUCGUCGGCCGGAAGCAUCGCUCGCAAGCCUCCAGAAUCUCACCAUCUGGCACCUUGUCAGUCAUCCCGAAACUCAUGAAGGACUCAUUCGUACCAUUUCGCCCCUUGAUCUUCAGUCCAUCCACCGCCCGGCUGAUGCUGAGCGCAACCUGCUCACUCUUGGAGAUACUCCCCGGCUUGCCCGCUCUCGCCCUCGCACCAAACGAACUAGACGACAGUCGCGAGGUCGGCGUUGCUGGAUCUUCCACUGCCUCUUCUUCUGCAUUGGCGUUUCGGUUCCGCACGAACAUCACUCGCUCAUUCCGAUCCAUGGCGACGAUGUCUGCCUUCUCUUUCAACGAAACCGACAGUCUCCGCACAUACUCACCCGCGCUAUCGCGUCGCGCACGCCAGCUGUUCCUGCGACCGUUCGACUCCGCUCGACUCCAUCGCGGCGACGACGGCGACAUAGGCGGCGUAGCGGUAUCCCUCGCCGUCCUCACAUUCGCCACAUCGAACCGCCCAUCUGCUCCCGUAAAGAUCGUCCGCGUCCCCGCCGGGAUGUCUUGCCCCGUUGUUCGAGGGCCCGGCUCGCGAACGAGAGGCGGGAUCGGGUGCGGCGGGCGCGGACGGUUGGGGCCUGUGUAGAUUGUCCUCGACGCCACGUCUCUCAUGUCGGCUUCUGUGGCGACUUGCGUAGCUCUUGCUGAGGGGCCGAGGUUCUUGGUGAUGCCGUAGUGGCGGAGUUGCGCGUCAUGGAACUGGUGGAUGUCGUGUACUUGGAGAUCGACGCUUCUCGGCUGAUGGUCGUUUUGCAAAGGUAUCGUGCGGGCGUUGCGAUAUCUGAAUGCGGCGAUGUUGGACAAUGAAUGG